UACAGGAUCGAGAAGCAAGCAUUAGUUUUUGCAGUUAGUGCACUCUCUUAACCAUUAAAGUAGAAUGACUGCACUCUUUUAUCUUUUCUUUUUCCUGUUCUUUUUGGUAUGGUUAUUCGAUUAUAAUUUCGGUCUUUUUGGCCACAAAGCCUUUUAUUAUGAUUUAUUUGAACUUGUCUCAAAGUAUUUAACUUCAAAAUUUAUGGUGAGGGUUGCCUUUAUUUAUAGAAUAGACUUGUUUUGAGUGUGCAGAUUUUGUGUCAUUGCUGGAAACAUAUCUCCUAUUGAUGUCAUAACUCAUGUACCAAUCCUAUGUGAAGAGGCUGACAUUCCUUAUGUUUAUGUUCCUUCAAAAGAAGUAAGUUUGGACUCUCUCUCUGCUCUCUUCUCCUUAGCCAUAUUAAGCAAGUGACACCUGACCAAGCUCAAAUAAAGCCUUAGUUCAUGU